ACAAGUAAGGAAAGGAACAAAGAUCAGAAUGUCUGAGCGAGAGAGAGAGACGCACCCAAUACAGAGUUUUACAAUGUUAUCUGUGGAAUAUCUGAGCUACAACGGAAUUCUGUUCCCACAAGCUGAUUAUUCAAGGGAAACUCUUAAUCAAGUGGAAAACGAAUUCCAACUCCUGGAUGAUGAUAUAAUUAAUGUCACUUACCCCAAAUCAGGCACCAUUUGGAUGGCAGAGAUCUUGGCCUUGAUCUUAAAAAAAGGGGACCCCACAUGGACGCAAAGUUCAGCAGUGUGGGAUCGGUCUCCUUGGAUUGAAACUAAUAAUGGCCUGCAGAGGGCCUUGAAAUAUCCUCCACCCCGGCUCAUGAAUACUCACGUUCCAUUUCAGUUUUUCCCAAAGACCUUCCUACAAACCAAAGCCAAGGUUAUCUACGUCAUGCGUAAUCCCAAGGAUGUGCUGGUCUCAUUUUACUGUUUCUCCUUGAUCUUUAAAACACUUAAGACUCCAGGCAGCCUGCAAGAGUUCUUGGAGACGUUCCUCAGUGGGAAUGUGAUCUAUGGUUCCUGGUUUGACCAUGUGAAGGGCUGGCUGGAGAUGAAAGGAAGACCCAACUUUUUCUACAUCACUUAUGAAGAACUGCAGCAGGACUUGCGAGGCAGUGUGGAGAAGAUCUGCCAGUUCCUUGGGAAGGAGCUCAGUAGCCAGCAAAUGGACGCUGUGGUGGAACACGCCUCUUUCCAGAAGAUGAAGGAGAACAAGAUGUCCAAUUUCUCUGUGUUGCCAGAUGAUAUAAUUGACAAGAAAGGGAAGUUUAUGAGGAAAGGGAUCUCCGGGGACUGGAAGAACCACCUGACAGUGGCCCAGAAUGAAUACUUUGACCGUGUCUACCAGGAGAAAAUGCGGGGCAUGGAUAUUACCUUCCCAUGGGACUGAAGAAUGCCAGAUCUUAUUACUGUUGUACAUCCUCUUAAGAUCUCCUAUGGGGCAACCAAACAACAGGACCCUGUUAAUGAGGAAUUUGUAACCCUUUAUGUGGGAUCAGGUGUGUGGG